UGGAGGAAGAGUCUUUCUUCUCUGCAGAAGAAGAGGUUAGCAGCAAUGGAUCGGCACGUGGUUUCAGCACUGAUCGCUGUGGUGGUUUUCACUCUCUGUCAGGCUGCCCCAACUGCGAGUAACGGCGACACUCUGUCCCCCGAGGAUCAGGCAAAAGCAGAGGACUAUCUGACGCUGUUCUAUCCAGAUGUUCCAUCCAAUGGCUCAAACACCAGGCGGAUCUCUUUGGACUUUAAAGAGAGGCUGAAGUCGAUGCAGGAGUUCUUCGGCCUGGAGGUGACCGGGAAGCUCGACUCCAACACCCUGGAAGUGAUGAAGAAGCCGCGGUGUGGAGUCUCUGAUGUCAGCAGAUAUGGACACUUUUAUGGGAAGCCUAAAUGGGAGAAGAGCACAGUUACAUACAGAAUAACCCAGUACACAUCAGACUUGAGACAGAGAGAGGUGGAUGCCACCAUUGCCCAGGCAUUCAAACUGUACAGCGAUGUAAUCCCUUUGAAGUUCCAGCAAAUCUACAGCGGCACUGCAGACAUCAUGAUCCUGUUUAAAGGCGGAGAUCAUGGGGAUUUCUACCCAUUUGAUGGGCCUAGUGGUGUCCUGGCCCACGCUAACUCUCCUGGGGAGGGUCAAGGUGGAGACACACACUUCGAUGAGGAUGAGCAGUGGACCCUCAGUCAGAGAGGAGUAAAUCUGCUGUUGGUGGCUGCCCAUGAGUUUGGUCAUGCUCUAGGGCUUGAUCACUCAAGGGACCGGAAUGCACUGAUGUACCCCACCUAUCAGUAUGUGAACACAAGAGGCUAUCAGCUACCUCGGGAUGACAGACUGGGAGUCCAAGCUUUAUAUGGUGUUCGGACACCAGUUGAGCCUAAGCCUGAGCCCAAGCCUGAGCCUAAACCUGACCCUAAACCAGAGCCCAGACCAGACCCCAAACCAGAACCCAAACCAGAACAAUGCAACCGAAACCUGGUUUUCGAUGCUGCUACCAGCAUUAGAAGAGAGCUUUACUUCUUCAAAAAUGGGUACUACUGGAAGAAAAGUGGCUAUUACCGUGGUGUCCAGUUAAAGACAGUGAAAUCCACCUGGCCUCCCAUUCACUCUGUAGAUGCUGCUUAUGAGUUCACAGGCAAAGAUGUUGCCUUUCUUUUCAACGGUAAAGAGUACUGGGGGGUAAGAGGUAGUACGAUUCUACCUGGCUAUCCCAAACCCAUCUCUAACUUCGGCUUCCCCUCAUGGGUCACCCAGAUAGACUCAGCUGUCUAUGUGGCCUCAACUGGAAGAACUCUCUUUUUUGUUAAAAACAGAUAUUGGAGCUUUAAUGAAAGGAGAGGCAAAAUGGACCAUGGGUAUCCCAGAUACAUCGCACAAGAUUUCCCAGGAAUUGGCUCAAAGGUGGAUGCUGCUUUUGAGAACUAUGGCUACCUUUACUUCUCAGAUGGUGCUCGGCAGAGUGAAUACCACUAUAACUCAAGAAGAGUGAUCCGUGUGCUUUUGAACUACGGUUGGCUGGACUGCUACUAAAAUGAGAUCUUUUUCCUGGUCUGAAUGACACUAAAAGUAUGUAUUUAUUCAGAUUUGUAUUGUUAUAACUAAAAACAAUGGUACUUCAAUGUGUCUGUGAAUAGAUUUGACCUCAAAGGUUCAAUAAAGUAUUUUUCCAUCAAA